GCAAUCUUUAUCUUCCAACGUAUCACCAAUAUAUUAACAAGAAAUAGAGAAAUUUAUUAGAAAUUGUUUUUUAAAUAUAUUUAAAUAUAACUUUUUAUUCAACAGAAUUCAGUUGAACUAAGUUUAAAAUUAAUAUAAUGUCUGGAAGAAGGGGAAGUCGGAUCCCUAUUGAGGACACUUCGGAAACUACAUCUGAAGUUCCUGAUAGUUUAACAAGUGAUUCAACUUAUACUCAUGAAUCUCCAAAAAGCUCAUCAACACCAUCGCUUGUUGAUUAUUCGCCAUUACUUUCACAACCAUCAAAAUUGCCAACAAGAAGAAACAUUUUACAUAAACCCAAAUCACAUAACUCGCGUUCCCGUAGAAAAUUAAGUAUUCGUUCUUCUACUUCUUCUUCUACUACGGCUGAAAAUUUUCGAGAACAACGAAUUCAAUUGAAACAUUUAAAUGAGAAGACCAGUCUCUUCUAUUAUGUAAAAAAUGGAAUGUUGCUUAAUGGCAUUGUAGACGCCUGGAUUAAAGAAUACAAAAUUAGUCAAGCAGAUGGUGUUUUAUUAUUAAUGCAAUUUAUUAUGGAUUCAGUUGGUUGCAAAAAAUUUAUUACAUCUGAAAUGUAUAAUAGUUUAACGUUAAUUAACGACAUUGAUAAAACAUUCUCCUUUACUGAUGACGGAAAGUAUUUAUUCAUAAGAACCGGUUUAGAAUGGAAGGAAUUUUAUGAAAAUUUUUCUCAUUUUAUUGAAAUUUUGAUAGAAAAAUGUCAUAAAAGUGAUAUACUUUAUGACAAUUAUUUUGAAAAAAAAUUCCUUCGGUUUUUAAUUAAAUUAUCGAAAUCGCAUUAUCAAGGCUUCAGACAUACAUCAACUCUUGCAGGCGUAAAAAUUAUUUCCAGUUUGGUGAAAAUUAACAAAUCCUUGGAAAAUUCUUCAAAUAAUGUUUCUGGCUCUGAAUCAGAUAUGGAAAAUAGUCGAGUAAAUAAAUUAAUUGUUGAAUUAUUUGAAGAAAUUUUUGGCCUUAGAUUUAUUGAUAUUUUUGCUAAAAUUCGUUUACUUUGCAUACAAGAAUUCGACAUUUGGUUAAAAAUAAUACCUGAAUUGUUUAUUAAGGAGGAUUGUCUGAAAUAUAUUGGACGUUCAAUUUUUGAUAGCGAUGCAGAAGUGAGAUUAAAAUGUCUUGAAAUUUUGAAACCAUUGUACACUUUAAAUACAACGAUAACAAAAAUAGAACAUUUUACAACAAAAUUUAAAAAAAGAUUAAUUGCAAUGACACUUGAUGUUAAUCCUGAUGUUGACGUUGUUGCAAUGCAAAUUGUUAUAGAAAUUUUGCAAAAACAACCUAAAAUUUUAGAUGCUGAUGAUUUAAAUAAUAUUUUUAAACUUGUGUUUGAUUCAUAUCAACCACUCGCACGUUUGGCGGGUACAUUUUUAAAAAUCUACAUUUCAACUUCACCAGAGUCAGACAAUGAUAGUAUAACUUCAGAUGGAAUUUCAAAUACAAAUUUCAUUCGAGAUUUAGUAAUUUUUUUCUCCGAAUUUGAAGAUUCUCUACCAAAUGAGCCGAAUACAACUCAAUGUGCCAAUUUAUUUGUCGACUCUUUAUUUAAUCAUUGUGAAAUAAUAAAAGAUUGGGAAUUCAUGACUAAUAUAUUACUCGAUGAUGAUGAAUCUUUUAAUGAAGAGAUGAAAACAUCUUUGAUAUUUAUUAUGAUUUCUUCUAUUAAACAAGCAGCUACAGGUGAAAUUCCAAAAUCUCGUGAAUCUAAACAGAAGGUAACUGCAAAUUCAAAAAGAAUAAUUAAACAAGAUCAGGAAAAAAUAACAAAACAUUUUAUUAAAAUUUUACCUGAUUUAAUUGUUAAAUAUAAAUUGGAUGAUAAAAAUCUCGCUAAUCUGCUUUUGAUUUCUGAAUAUUUUGAUUUAAAUGUUUACACGAAAUUUAAAGAAGAAGAUUAUUUGGAUUUAUUGUUAGUUGAAAUUCAAGGUAUAAUAACAACGACUACAAAUUGUAAAUUAUUAAAAAAUGCCAUUGCUGCUUUACAACGUUUGUGUACUGAGGGAUAUGCUAUAUUUAAUAGAUGUGAUACAGUUCGUUCGAGAAUAAUUGAUAAAGUGAUACAAUCAUACAAAAGAAAUGUUGAAGACUCAUCAAUUGCAAAUGCAAAUGGUGACAAUAGUGAUGAAUAUUUUUUAAAUCUUACACAGGACCUCAUGAGAAUAUCUAAUUUGUAUAAAUACUUUGAUCUAAAUCCAUGGAGAAUUUGGGAUUUACUUCUGGAACAUACUAUAGAUGCAUUUUCAAUAAAUAAAGAGCAAUCGUUUCCUGAUGAAGGAACUGAAUAUUGCUUGAUGUCAUUAUAUUUUUCGAUUUUAUAUGAUCGACGUCAUCUUAAAGAUUGGAUUGAUUCAGAUUCUCAAAUUGAAGAACGAUGUAAUCAACUUCGUGAUCAUUUGGAUACAUUUAUGGAGUUAAUGAUUGAUAUAAUAAAUGAGGAAAAUAUAAGAAAGCCUGUAGCGUUCGUUUUAAAAGAGAAAGCUCACACUUUAUUUUGUGAUUUAUUACUUAUUUUCUGUAAUCAAUUGGAAUCGCAUCCUAAUCCUCUGAUGCAAAAAUUAGUUUAUGAGACAAAUUCCGAAAUAGUAAAUGCAAUCUACAAUUUUUUAGUCAAUUACGUUUUCAACGAUGACGAUGAUGAAGGAGAGGUGAAUGAAAAAAUUUUAAUUGAACGUUUAAAUAUUAAAAGAAAACUUCUCUCCAAUUAUUGUAAACUUAUUGCUUACAUGAUUAUACCAAUGAAAUGUGCAUCUCCUAUGUUUACAUAUUAUGAUACAUUUAACAAGAAAUUUGGAGAUUUAUUUAAAGAUACAAUAAUUGAAGCGAUGAAUAUCAAUAGAGUUAAUUGUGCAUUGACUUUAUUGAAUAGUUUAAUUAUUUUAUUUGAAAAAUUAAUUGAUGAAAAUGACAAAAUUAACAUCAAUAGUAAAGAAUUUAUAGCUAUUAAGGAAUUGGCAAAAAAAUUUGCAAUAUUAUUUGGCACCAACGCUGAUAAAAAUUCGGAAGCUAUGUCUACUUUACAUCGAACUGGAAUUAAUUUUAGUUUACAAGAAUUGGAAAAUUCAACAAUUAAUUUUACAACACCACCAUUAUAUCUUUCUUUUCUUAACAUUCUUUUUCUAUUUACAAAUAAACUCUUAAAGAAAGAUAAAGUUGCCUUAUUGAAAUAUCUUGACGAUCAUCUUGAAUGGGACAUUGAAUCUUUAUCGAAUGAUAAGUGGUUGUCUUUAAAAUUGUACAGAGCAUCGUUAAAUUACGAUGAAGGAAAAAAAAUCAGUAAAGAAAAGAAGAGUACACCAUCAAGGAAAUCUAAAUUAGAAAUAACUAAAACAAUAAUACCACGAAAAAUUACUUCUGGAUAUUCUGCUUCGCUUAAAGAUGAUGAUAUUUCGUCCGAUGAAAGAUCAUCUAUUCCAAUAAUCGAAGAUUCCACUUUAUCACCUUCAACAUCAUCAUCAAACGCUGACAAUGCUACUGGUGCUUACAAUCCAGAAAUAAUGGAUGUGAGUUCAAUUGAAAAUUCUGGUGAUUGGGUAUAAUUAAAAACUUCUUUAAUAACUAUAAUUUUUUUUACGUUAUUUAAACCACUACUUUCUUGAAUUGUUAAUUAUUCAAACUUUGUAUUUUCUUCAAUCAGAAUUUUACAUUUACACUUUUAAAUAAGGAUUAUAAUAUUAUUGUCAUGUUUUUUUCUUUUCACUUAUGAGUUUUUGAUUAAAUAAUUUAACUUCAAGAAGGCCAUUGUGUUUUUUUUAUUUUAAUUAACAUUUUUUUUAAUAGAAGUCUUUAGUUAAUCUAGUCAUGGGACGUCGUUGAAUUUCUUUGUAUUUGGUAUUCUGAAAGUUGAAUUAUACUUAUUAUUAUUAUUUAUGUAUUUACAGACUCAGUAAAUUUUCUAUGUGUAAUAGAAUUUAGAAAUAUGUUUAGAAUUGCAGUUUUGAAAACUGAAUUUUUGUUAAAUGUUCUGUAAGAAUAUAUAAGAAAAUUGUACAAUUUUAAAAUGAAAA